AUGAUGGGGCGACGCGCUGUGUGUGUCUUGGCCCUCGCACUGUGCUGCACAUCCCUCUGCGUGACGGCAGCUGCUGCCGGUGCCAAAAACACUCAAGUGAUAACGCCAGCACCCGUGGGACCAGCACUGGAAGAGGCGAAUGCAAGGAAGGAGGAUGCCAAUACCACGAUAGCAGCUGAGGCACUAGCAGCAGCAGGGGCAGUGGGGGAGGCGGCUGAGAGUGCAAAGCUUGCGCUGGAAAAGGCCAAGAAGGCGGCGGAGUGCACUAAAGGGCUGAGGGAUGUUGGGGAUUUGGCCAACACGGCGUUCACUGCAGCGCAGAAGGCCGUAGAGACUGCGAAGAGUGCCUCUUCCUGUGCGCUUUUGGUUGGGAAUGGCUCUUGUAAAAGAGAAGUGUUAGAAGAAGCCCCUCCACAGGCGCGGUUGGACGCUGAGGAUGCGGAAGCGAAAGCUGCAACCGCAAAGGAGAAGGCCGCUCCGGCAGUGUCUGCGUGUACCGCAGCCGUGGCAGAAGCUACGAAGGCGCGUGAAGAAGCAACUCGGGCGGCGUCAGCCAUACAAGCUGCUGUGGACGCGGUGAAGGCCGUUGAGUUGUCCGCGGCAGCAGGAGAAGCAGGACCAGAUGCCAAGGCUGCCUUGGAGCAAGCCGAAAGGUCGGCGGCGAAUGCAGGGAGUGCGGUGGAGAAGGUCAAGGAGUACGCCACAGCUGCAGAAACCCUGGUGACAAACGCACUGGCGGCAGCGACGAAGGCCAAGAUGAUGGCGGAGACGUCUCACAGAGUGGCGGGCAAUGUGAACAGCACCGCAACAGACGCAGAGUGUGCGUCGAAGGCAUGGAGAUACAACAACGUGGAAGAUGCGCGGGUGUGCGCCGAUCGCGCAGGGAUUUCGACGAAAGACGCAGCAAAGGCGAUGAAGGCGGAAACAACUGGCGCUGAUACCGUAGUGGCGGAUGCCGCGCAGGCGGAAACGAAUGCUGGGGAGCUAAUCGACCGUGCGGCAGCUGCGGCGCAGACACUCCAAGCCGCAGCGAGCGAGGCAGCGCGGGCAAAGGAGGUUGCAGUGGCCGCCAAGCAGCAGGCCGCUGAGGCGAAAGCACAAGUUUCACAGGCAAGACAGCAGACUGAAAAUGCGGGGAAGCAGGCUGCUGAGAAGGCUGUGAUUGCAGAACAAGAUGCGGCAGCCGCCAAACAGAAGACUGCGGAGGCAAAGGCACAAGUUUCACAGACAAAAGAGCACGCUGAUGAUACGGAGAAGAUAUUGCAGCAGGUCUCCAUUGAUGUGAAGGACGGGGCUGUGAAGAGCGGCGAGAUGUGUCUGCUGCUGCUCCUGGCGGUAUUGGCCUUCUCUGCCGUGUGCUGA